CUUAUAAAAGAAGAGAAAUGACGGUUUCGACUUCUUAAAUUAUAAAGAGAUUACAAGGCGCGUAAAAGUGCAAUUGCUGCUCAAGUUUCGUGCUUAAAAUGAGGUUCAGAAGCGGUCUAUUUCUUGUCGUUGCGUCACUGACUUUCGCUGCAUCUCAAAAAUCGGGAACGUACGUCAACCCGUCCAUCCUACAGGAUAGCCGUAAUCUCCCGCAAACCGAUGGAACCUUUGGUUUUCUAUAUCGUACAGAAGAUGGAAUCGCGCACGCAGCCGUCGGGGAACCAGGAGGACAAGUGCACGGUAGAUUCACUUACACUGAUCCAACGGGAUUGAAAGUAAAUUAUAAUUAUAACGCUGGUACAAAAACGGCACCGGGACUUAAUUAUGAACAAAAUCAACCUGAACGUCCACAACCCAAUCAAAAUUCCAACGAUGGUUAUUAUACGGCUAAAUCGAAUUCUAGAGUUCAACCUAGACAACGAACUUAUGUACAAGAAGAAUAUUCCGAAGAAUAACUUAUUGAAAAAACGUUUUACUGUGGAACUUUCCAACUCCCAAUAUCCUUAGAUACUAACUAUUGGGAGGUGGAAAGAUCAAUUUUUGUUAUCAAUGUUGUCGUUUUGUAUAUAUUAUUCCAGAAAUUGUUCCCUAAAUGUCAUGAUAAAAUGAAUGGUGGCAUAACUACCUACUCCCGAAUUUAUAUUAACACACUUAAGUGUUGUUUUACAAUUAUAGACUGUUGUAUAGAAAUUAGUACCUAUAUAAGUACUUUUGUAUGUAUCGUUUCAGUUGAUAAACAUGAAAAUAUUAAGAAGUAGGUAAAUAGAGAGUAAAAAAUUCA